GGAGACAUUGCUGUAAUGCUACAUUAAUUGGCUUUGUUUGCAUGCACAGAUGUGCCAUGAAGAUUUUGGAUUUAUUCAAAUGACUGAGCAGUUAAAUGAAUUCAAUAAGACCUCAUUUAGACCUAUAAAAUGUAACACAUUUCAAAAUGAUGCUAUGAAGACCACCAGAGAUGACUGAUGUGGAACCUGUUGUUUCUGACUUUGCAGCCACGGGCCGGACUGGCCGACGGAAUGCAUUGCCAGACAUUCUAGGUUCCACGGCUGGUCCUGGAGCCGCCGACCUGCCUGAUAAACUAGCUGAGCUUUCAGUAGCAGAUGAUGGCGGACAGGAGGGAGAGAGUUCAUCCUCAGCUGACCCUCCUAAACAAACUACAGAGGGGGAGGAGAAAACAGAGGGCUCAUAACUCAACGCAAAACAGAAGUGAUCUGACCUCAUGAGAGACUCACAUAUGGCCUGCCUCUACUUUUGCCCCAUUGACCAAACAACUGUAACACUCUGUGCUAUGCAACACAAGACCACCCAUGAUUGGCAUUCAGAUGUGGGCCAGCGAGAAACAACUCAUUCGAGGAUUAAUUUGAAGUUAUGUUUUUCAUAAAGCAGCAAAUUGUUCAUUUCAUACCUCGAUGACUUUGUUAAAAUUUUUCUCUUAGACUGUUGGUUUUCUUUACAGCCGGCUGCUUUCACACUUUAAAAAGGAAUGUUUUGAUGUGUUUAAAGACUUUCCACAAUAGCAUUUUCUCUGAAUGUUGACAUGUAGUGGCAAGAACGUCUCUUUUUGCACCUAAAAGUAAAUAAAUUCUGUUUGGUGAUGUUAGUAAUGUUUUCUAUCUCAAUAUUUGUCUGUCCUUGAACAACACCACAACUUGUGUUUUUUUAAUAUAAAGAAGAUAUGCAUAGUUAACAUUCUAGUGAGAUGAUAUAUGAAACAGUGAUAAAUGACAUGAGUUAUGAUAUUUUCUUCUUGUAAAUACAGAAUUGUACAUUAUAUUUGCUAGAUUUGUUUGAAAGCCUUCAAUUGUGUGUAACUGUUUAGUGUGAGCAGAUAUCGGAUUGUUAGUCAUCUGGGGUAUUGCUGAAAUCAUCUGUGCUCAUUUCAUUCUGACAUCAUCCUAAGUGCUUGUCAUGAAUAUUUCCUUGCUAUUGUUGAAUGCAAAGGAAAAUAUGAUUGUGGAGAAGUGUCGUUCUUCCUAUGUUUCAUCUUGAAAGCCCUCAUGCUGUGGUUAAAUCAAGUACAACCAUUUUUUUUAACCUACCCAUAAAACCCAUGUAAUGUUGUCUGUUGUAAACUAUAUAUAAAUGCUGUUAUGCUAUUUAAAAAAAAAAAAAACAAUAAAU